AUGAAGUAUGCUGGCGUAAAUGAUACACAUUCUUCCCGGGAAAACCAUAACAGGGCCCUUGACGAAUUUAUUCCAAGCGGAGGCCAUGCGAUGCAAAAGAAAGAACAACUGGAAUUUCAAAACUAUAAACAAUACGGAAAUUCAAAUGUGUAUAGGACAAACCUGAAGCCAACACAAAUUGAAACUACUGUACCAACUUAUUCUCCCUAUAAUUAUGAUAGGACAAGUCAUUUCUAUGUAAGUUACCUGAGGAAUUAUCCCCAUCAUUUUAAUGUAAUACAAGAUGCCAGAAGGGAUACAUUUGAGGUUAAUGCCGAAAAUCGAUACUUCAAGCCGUUAUCUGUAGUGCAUGGGCUACCGAGAUUCUCCAAUAGUUACAGGGCAGUACCAUAUAAUCAGAUAAAUACCACUAAUGUCCCACAUAUUGAAAAGUUUCACGUUGAGAAUGAUCCAAUAUUUUGUGAUAACCAAAAGGAAGUUGUAGAUACCAGGUUUACAACAGGGGAUUCUAAUCACUUUUUCCAGUCUAAUAACCACCCUACGGAAUUUAGUUUGGAAAUAAAGGAUGGACAAGACUUGGAAACAGAAUUCGCGGAUCCGGGCUUUUAUUUGCAAAGCGAAUUUGGUGGAUCAGUAGAUCAUCCAAGCGAACUUAAAAUCAACAGCCUUACAGAUGACUAUGCUUCUAAGAGUAGCUGCAAAUUGGGUGCUCCUGAAAAUGGCAGAAUUUCCGAAGAACUAAGAAAGGCAUAUAUACAACAAUCCAAAUUGUUGCCAAAAAUUCGUGGUGUCUGGUUUAAUUCAACAAUUAGACGUAUGGGUUGGGUAGGUCAGGCUUAUAAAAAAUGCAAACGCAUAGAAAAGAUAUUUUCUAUUAGCAAACAUGGUUUUGAGGGGGCUAGGCAAUUGGCAAUCGCGUUUAGAAAUUCACAAAAACCCACAAAUAAAUGCAUUGAUGACGAUGUUACGAUUCCUGAUGAGGAUGUUUUCAGUGAAACAAACAUAAAAGACGUUAUUAAACCGAUAUCGGAGUUGAUAAUUGAGGAAAAACAUACAUCAGAUACUUCAACUAUAUCUGAUAAUGUAACUGAAUAUAGCAAGAGUAUUCAAGUGUACGAUGGAGAAGUACAAGAUACAGUCGAUAACGAAAGUAUAGAAGAUGAAAACACUGAUGAUGAAAUAAUACCAGAGGAUGAAAUACCCAUAGAUAUGGAAUAUUACAACGAGCUUCUUCAAAAAUACAAAACACACUUGUCAGGCCAAGAAAAAACUUUACGUGAUCACAUUUGUAAGGAAACACUCUUAUUCAUGUUGUACGAACUUGAAGCAUUAGUAGAGUUAGACAUACCUGUUCCGCCAAUAAGCAAGGAUGCGUGCAGAAAGGGAAUUAAAUACCACAUUUCAUCCUUGGAGGGUACCAAAUCCAAGGAAGAUAUUUUACCCUAUGUAAAUGCAAUAGGCCAUUACGUAUGUAGAGGGAUAAUGCCUACAGAUAUGGCAUUCUCUGAGCUAUAUACCCUUUUGCUGACAUUCUCACAUUGCAAACCAUUAAAGAUGGAUUUUACCGAUUCUAAUGACCAGUCUCAUGUCUUCGCAGAGUUGAGAGAGUUUGUAAGCAUCGCGGAUUUCAUAAAGACAGACAACAAUCAGCAGGAGUCUAUAAUCGCCAACUAG